GUGUUUUCUAAUAUUGCUCUCAGUAAAUUUUUAAUUUACAUUUAUUUCUAAAAUCUUUGAAUAUUUUCAAAAGUUCUGAAUUAUAUUUUAUUGUAUUUUCUCUGUACGUUCGAAAACUAAUAAAAUGUUUUUUCUUUCUAGGCGAAUUCCCUUAAAAGGUCUAUCGCCGUGAAAGGUCGCAAAAAUGGGUGCGUAUCGUUAUAUGCAAGAACUUUACCGCAAGAAGCAGAGCGAUGUUAUGCGCUACUUGCUUCGUAUUCGCGUUUGGCAAUACCGUCAAUUGACAAAAUUGCACCGCUCGCCAAGGUCGACUCGUCCCGAUAAGGCACGUCGUCUGGGCUACAAGAACAAACAAGGAUUCGUCAUCUACAGAAUCCGUGUGCGUCGUGGAGGUCGUAAACGUCCAGUGCCAAAGGGUUGCACCUACGGUAAGCCCAAGAGCCAUGGUGUCAACGAAUUGAAGCCUUCCCGUUGCCUGCAAUCUAUUGCUGAGGAACGUGUCGGUCGCAGACUCGGUGGAUUGAGGGUACUCAACUCCUACUGGGUUGCCCAGGAUGCUUCUUACAAAUACUUCGAAGUCAUCCUAAUUGACACCCACCACAAUGCCGUUCGUCGUGAUCCUAAGAUCAACUGGAUCUGCAAGCACGUGCACAAACAUCGUGAAUUGCGUGGACUUACAUCGGCUGGUAAGAGCUCCCGUGGUAUUGGAAAGGGCUACAGGUACUCCCAGACAAUUGGAGGUUCCCGUCGCGCUGCCUGGAAACGCAAGAACCGUCUGCACUUGCGCAGGAAGCGAUAAGCUGUGAGUUUUCGGUUUACUGGUGUUUUAUAUUUUUACCUCUUGAUAUAGUGGUAGUAAUAAAAAGUUAAAAAAUAAAAAA